AUGACGCCGCAAGCUGAGAUGCUAGAAGAAACAUGGGGAGGGGUCUCUGGAAAAUCUGCUGGCUUGACGCCUGCCAACUUCUCAUGGCGUCGGUUGCUGCACUUUGCUGGCCCCAGUCUGCUCAUGUCCGCUGCAUUUGUGGACCCAGGCAACUUGGAAGGGGACCUCCAAGUUGGAAUCCAGACUAGAUAUAGCCUGCUGUGGCUCAUGCUCAGCUCAACCAUCUUGGCAUUCAUCAUCCAGAUGCUUGCCGCAAAGCUGGGUGUGGUGACGGGAAAACAUUUGGCAGAGGUUUGCAGGUCUGAGUACCCAUCAGUGCCACGUUAUUUUUUGUGGUUGAUGAUGGAAAUGGCCAUCAUUGGCAGUGACAUACAGGAAGUGGUUGGCUCUUCUAUUGCAAUAUAUUUGCUGUCUUGUGGCUGUGUGCCCUUGUGGGGUGGUGCCAUCUUGACGGCAAUGACCUCAUUUCUUCUACUGUACCUUGAUGCUAUGGGGCCACGGGUACUGGAGGGCUUGUUCGGCUUGCUGAUCUCCACCAUGGCUAUUGCCUUUGUGGUGCUGUAUGCGUAUGCUGACAUCAAUGGGGUGGAGGUCCUCAAAGGCUUGGUAGUGCCCAGCUUGCCAUCUGGCUCCAUGAAUGUGGCUGUUGGACUUGUGGGGUCUAUCAUAAUGCCCCACAACAUCUACCUCCAUUCCGCAGUGGUCCUGAACAGGGAUAUCGACAGGACUUCAGUGCCAGCAAUUCGAGAAGCCAUGUUCUACUUCUCAGUGGAAGUUUGCCUGACACUGGUGGUAACAGUGUUGAUAAACACUUGUGUCAUAUCUGUCUUUGCCUCAGCUUCGUUUCCUGCUGACAUUGGCUUGGCAAAUGCUGGAGAAUAUUUGGGACAUCAUUUUGGAGAGGAGAUGGUGUUUGUAUGGGCCCUUGGCCUGAUUGGCUCUGGCCAGUCUUCUGUCAUGGCGGGUGGUUAUGCAGGCCAGUAUGUCAUGGAUGGCUUCCUUAACUUGAAGGUUUCGAAAUGGCUGAGGCUUGGAGUCAGUCGGUCUCUGGCGAUUGUGCCCACACUGUGUGUUGCGCUGAUGUAUCACAACAGUUGGGAUCUGGACACUCUAAAUGAAUGGUUGAACGUCCUCCAAGCUGUGCAGAUUCCUUUCGCAUUGAUUCCGGUCCUGGUGCUCACCAGCAAAAAGCGCAUCAUGGGUCAAUUUGCAAACACGCAAUCAACCAAUGUCAUCGUAUGGGCCAUUGGUCUCACAGUCCUGUCAAUAAACUUCGCCAGUGUGUUCCAAUUGAUAAAGGAGGGUUACUCACAGGGUUCCUGUGGAGUGAGUGCAGCAUCAACAUUCAUUAUCGUGCUUUAUAUUGUGUUUAUGUUCUAUAUGAUAGUGGAGCCCUGCUUGCCAAAGAAGCAAGAAGGUCCCAGCUGGGAGGAGCCUCUACUGCCCACAAUCAGUACACCUGUCACAUAUGAGACGGAUUCUCCUCCGUGGGAAGACUAUCUGACAAGUGAUGAGCUGCAAAAUGGGGAGUGA